AUGCUGCAUUCGCGCCUGCGAUCAGCUCCCCGCCGCAAACCCUCUAAAACCACCACCAAGCCUGCGGCCCUAGCGCCAGACUUUCACGAUACAGACUGGAGCUCGGAUAUCGAAGAGUCCCCAGGGGAACUCUUCGGUAAUUUCCUGCUUCAUCUCUUUCCCGAUGAUGCGCCUUCGUUCCAUGGUGAUCCCGGCCAGUACCUCCUCUACUCGUCCCCGCGAUAUGGCGAGCUGGAAAUCAUGAUUCCGUCCUAUCCAGGCCAGACUGGAAAGAAGUCGGAAGAGGUCACGAUUGGACUAGAGGAGAAGGAGGGGGCAAAGGAGAACGACUCUGCCGCGCAGAAAGAGACUCAUGAGAUCUGGUCUGAAUAUGGGGAAACGGUGAUGGAGCUCGGCGCUGCCCUAAAUGGUGCAACCGAAUUCAAUUUGAGGCAGAACCUCCUCAAACGUCAACCUUUCCAACGGACCGCCGUCUCUAUCCAGGCCCACGAAUGGGGAAACGUUACCGACUCCUUCUCCCAAUCCUACAGGGGAUCUUUUACCCGUAUCAUUGCCGCGGACUGCUACUGGAUGCGCUCGCAGCAUGAGAACCUCGUCCGAACGAUACAAUGGUUCCUUGCCCCGGCAGGCAGAGUCUGGUGUGUGGCUGGGUUCCAUACGGGUCGGGCUAUCGUGGCAGGCUUCUUUGAGACUGCGCUCAAGAACGGGUUUGAGAUUGAGCAGAUCUUCGAGAGGGAUCUAAUCUCGCGGGAUGAGGAGGGUGGGGAGAUUCGGCGGGAGUGGGUGCCCUUGCGGGAGGGCGAGAACCCUGAGAAUCGGCAGCGGUGGUGUGUCAUUGCGGUUCUGAAGAAGAGACAGUAA